AUGGCGCAACUAUCUCCGGGAUUACGUAAGUUGGGUAGAGCCUUCGGUCGAGUCUUGCGAAACCUGGAAGUGUACAUGCGCUGGAUCCGCAGACUCGAAGUUCACAUCAAAGACGAGUUUGCCGAGAACUGGAUGCCUAUGUCUGGGUAUGGGUGGUCGAGGAAGGCCUAUGACUGGUAUGGGGCGGAUGAGAAGAAGAAGAAGAAGAAGAAGAAGAAGAAGAAGAAGAAGAAGAAGAAGAAGAAGAAGAAGAAGAAGAAGAAGAAGCGAUUUGGGACCAACUGGGCUGCUUCAUUCAAUGGCUUCCUCUGCAAGACGUCGUGUUAG